AUGCCGCUCCAACUCCUCUUCCGCUGCCUCUCUGACCCCGCCGCCUGCUCCCUAGAAAACGACGACCCCGAGCCGGAGCGGCAGCCGCUCCUCCCAGCCUCGUCUAGCAGCGCCUCCCGCCUACGUCAGCCCGCGUCGCCAUCCCCGUCGUCGCACCAGUCGCCGCUUCGCUCUCGGCCACCACCCGACGCCGACGACGACAUCCAGCCCGCUUCACGCCCGAGCACGCCUGGACUGGCCGCCGCCAUGGAGAAGGUCAAGUCCUCGCGCGUCGCCCACUAUGCCGGCAAGCUGGCCGUCGACAAUGAGCCUGGCCUCACUGCCACCCAGCUCAUGCUCACCAACCACGACUUGAAGCCCGUGGAGCCCGAACGCCGCCAGUGGAGGUCGUGGAAUUUUGUUGGUUUCUGGGUUGCCGACUCGUUCAACAUCAACACCUGGAUGAUUGCCUCGUCCACCAUCACCAACGGCUGUUCUUGGUGGCAGGCCUGGAUCUGCGUCUGGGUGGGCUACGCCAUUGCCGCCUGCUUCAUCUGCUUGACCGGCCGCAUUGGCGCCAUGUACCACAUUGGUUUCCCCGUCGUCAACAGAGCUUCGUUCGGAAUCUGGGGCUCGCUGUGGCCCGUCUUCAACCGCGCCGCCAUGGCUUGCGUCUGGUACGGCGUGCAGUCUUGGAUCGGCGGCCAGUGUGUGCAGUUGAUGAUCCGCUCCAUCUGGAACAACUGGAGAGAUGGCGUCGUUCCCAACGGCAUCAAGAGCUCGGGAACCACCACCGUCAUGUUCGUCAGCUUCUUCCUCUUCUGGUUCUUCUCCCUCCCGGCCAUCUGGUUCCCGGUCCACAAGAUCCGCCACCUCUUCACCGUCAAAGCCUACGUCGUCCCGGUCGCCGGCGUCGCCUUCUUCAUCUGGUUCGUCGUCAAAGCCGGCGGCGUCGGCCCCAUCGUGCACCAGCCCGCAGCCCUCACCGGCAGUGCCCUCGCCUGGGAAAUAGUCAAGGGAAUCAUGUCCUCCAUCGCCAACUUCGCUACUUUGAUCGUCAACGACCCGGACUUCUCUCGCUUCGCCCGCACCCCCAAGAGCGCUCUCUGGUCACAGCUCAUCACCAUCCCGCUCGGCUUCGCCAUCACCUCCUUCAUCGGCAUCAUCGUGUCUUCCUCGGCCACGGUCAUCUACCCCGGCCAAGAAGCCAUCUGGAACCCCCUCGACCUCCUCACGCGCGUGCUGGACGAGGAAAACACGUCGGCCAACCGCUUCGGCGUCUUCUGCAUCGCGUCGGCCUUCGCCCUCGCCCAGCUCGGCACCAACAUCGCGGCCAACUCGGUGUCGGCGGGGACGGACAUGACGGCGCUGCUCCCGCGCUGGAUCAACAUCCGCCGCGGCGGCUACGUGUGCGCCCUCGUCGGCCUGUGCAUGUGCCCGUGGAACCUGCUGUCGACCAACAACAACUUCACCACCUACCUGUCGGCCUACUCGGUCUUCCUGUCGUCCAUCGCCGGCGUCAUGAUCGCCGACUACUACCUCGUGCGCCGCGGCUACCUCGACGUCCGCCAGCUGUACUCGGGCCGCAAGACGGGCGCCUACUUCUUCACCGCCGGCUUCCACUGGCGCGGCUACGUCGCCUACAUCGCCGGCAUCCUCAUCAACGUCGUCGGCUUCGCCGGCGCCGUCGGCACCGAGGUCCCCAUCGGUGCCACGUACAUUUACAACGUGAAUUUCUUUGCCGGCUUCAUUGUGAGUAGCGUCAUGUAUUGGGGCUUGUGUCGCGUGUCGCCCAUCCCGGCCACGAGUGAGGUGUGGAUGGAGGUUGGGGACGAGAUUACGGAUGUGAGGUUGGCGUAUGACGAUCGCGUGAGCGAUGAGGGUUAUGACGAGGAGGUUGUGACGGGGGCCAAGGGUGGAGCGGCGGAGUCGGUGGGUGGUGGUGAUGCGGAGCGGCAGGGCGGGAGGUUCAAGAUCUGA